AAAUGCAACCGGCGAUUGCGGUAAAUUUUCAUUCCGCAGAAAGUAGACAAAAAGAGCAAUUAUUACUUUUUAAAUUAUCCUUAAAUUUUUGAGUUUUUCCGCCAACAGAUGACGACGCUAAGUGUUACCAAUUCCACCAUCGAUUACGCUCUCAUUUUAUAUUAUUCAAAUCCUCGGCUUAUUUUGAUAUUGAGUUUUGGCAUCGUCUUCAUUUUAUAUUAUUUAGCCGAUGUAGCCAAGCAACCCAUUCUUGCAUGUCAAGAAGGAAAAUUUAAAAAAUUUUUGCAAGAAAAUUGUCCUAUACUGCAACAAAGAUAUUGGCCAACUCUUUGGUGCUUUGGUACACACGCUCAAACAGCAUUAGCAAAUUUUUUACGUGGAUGGCUUCCUGACUUACCUUACCAUCGAGAACUAAUCAAAUUACCUGAUGGGGGAAUUGUGUCACUUGAUUGGUUAGAAAGUUAUGUGAAUCAUGGAAAUAGUGGAAAUCAACCAGUUGCACUUUUUCUACCAGGAUUAACUGGUCACAGUCAAACAGAAUAUGUUAAAAGUCUUGUACCUGUUGCACAAAAACUGGGCUGCAAAUGUGUUGUUUUUAAUAAUCGUGGCAGAGGAGGAGUUGCCUUAUUGACACCAAAAACUUAUUGUGCUGUCAAUACUGGAGAUUUACGAGAAGUUCUUAAAUAUAUACAAAAGAAAUAUCCUAAUAGUGCUAUAUUUGGUACUGGCAUAUCUUUAGGUGGAAUUAUACUUGGUCAGUAUUUAGUUGAGUCAGGUGAUAAAGCUGUUAUCUCUGCUGCCAUGUUGAUAUCUGUACCCUGGGAUGUCCAUGCUGGUGCUGCAAGCAUAGAGAUUCCGGGCCUCAAUCUCAUGUUGAAUAAACAUCUUGCUCGCAGUUUAUGUAAUAUGGUGCGACCUUACAAAGAAAAAUUUGAGAAAACAGAUGUAAACAUGGAAAGUGUAUUACAGAGUCGUACAAUACGAGAAUUUGAUGACCGCUUUACCACUAAAAUAUUUGGCUUCAAUAGUGUCGAUGAAUAUUAUCAACUUUCCUCACUACGAGGUAGACUUCAUGGUAUCAAAAGACCUGUCCUCUGCGUGAAUGCAGCAGAUGAUAUGUUUGCUCCCUUUUAUACAUUACCACAUCAAGAAGCUAGUCAGAGUAGUCAUGUUGCUAUGGUUAUUACAUCAAGAGGAGGUCAUAUUGGAUUCAUGGAAGGAUUUUUGCCAAUUGCACCUUUCUUUUCAGAGAGAUUAUACGAACAGUAUUUAAGAUCCUUACUUAAAUUAUAUAAGGAAGGAAAGAUAAAAAACUUGUUAUGCUAAAAUUAAUUUUACAAUACAAAUAUCAAAAUAUAACUACAUGAUAUAGACUUAGUGAUUAAUCACUUCCAAAAUUUCCCAAGUGCCUCGAUUUCAAGGAUGAUUUUUAACAUUUACUUUUUACUUUACGUGUUAAUGCAUAAUUGACAAAUUUCGACCAAGAAAAAUGUUAGUGAUUUAUUUUCUUCCAAUGAGAUUUAUUUACAAGAAAAUAUACAGUGUUUGUUUAUUAGUCUGUAUAAAACUAUUUCUCUGUGUUGUUUUUAAAAAUGGCUUAAUAUUUACUAAAUAUAAUAAUUUUAUAUUAAAAAGAAAAAAAAUUAUUAUUAAUGUAUCUUUCUUCAAGAAAGAGUGGUAUAUAAUAACGAAUAUGAUACCGAAUAUAUUCUUACAGCCAUUGCUAUCCAGGAAUAUAGAUUAAUUGUUAGAUAUUGUUUGUUCUAGAAUUUUUAAAAUGUUAGUUUAGCCUAUAUCUCUGAUAGGAUAUACAAAAAUUCAGUAGUAUUAGGUAUUUUGUAGUCAUAUAACUGCUAUUUACAAUACAUUGUUAUAAUUAUUUCAACUAUUAAUCUUCCCUACAUUCCUGUACUUUUUAAAUGAUAAAUUUAACAUAUUUCUGUCUUUUAUAUAGAAAUAUGAAAUAAGAAACAUAGUAAACUAAAAAUUUAGUUAAAAAUAUUCCAAGCAGGAC